AUGGCCAACGCCAAGAAAUCCGACAGUGACGURGCCGUCGAGAUCCCCGCCAGCAAGCCAAACACCACUCCCGCAGAAGACGAGGACGAGGAGGAAGACUACUACGAGGUGGAGAAGAUUUUCGGCCACAGGACCGUGAAGGGUGAGAUUGAAUAUCGCGUCAAGUGGCUCGGCUACGUUGGUGACGAGGAGAAGACGUGGGAGCCAAAACUUAACGUUGUUUCCGCUGCCGAAGCUCUCCAAGCGUACCACGCCCAAAUUGGCGGCGUGCCACACCCGUCCGGCUCCUCCCUGGAAGAUCCACUUAUCAUCGUGGACGAGCCCGAGAAGUGA